GAAAAGGAAGAUAACUUCAUAUCAAAAUUAUAUCGUAACAAUAUGUCGAUAGUUGCUUGGCCAAUAUUUACUGACCCAUUAUUUUACACUUCGCUUGAAGAAUUUAAAAUUAUACUCGAUGAACAAGAAUCCCAAUAUAAGAAUGCACGAAUGUUUUUAGAAAAGGCAAAGCUUGUUAUACAUUUAUCUAGAGCAUGUGACUGGGGAAGUAUCAAAGCUUCAUUGAUGACUAUUAGAACAUUAGAGUUGAAAAAAUUUCUCAAUAAUGCUAUAUCAUUUGGAUAUGAACAAAAGAAUGAUAAUGAUGAAAAUAAAAUUGCAAAAUAUCUUACAAACCGAGAUGACGGAACUUCAAUUCCUGACAAUGAUGUUUUCCUCUCUAAAAUCUUCGAUGACUCUACCAAAAUAGUUCAUGAUACCGGACUUGUAUUAUUCGAAGAGAAUGGGAAUUUUGUUAAAAUUUCGUCCAACUUACGAAAAUUUUUUGAGGAAAAAGUUUAUACUCGUGGAUCAAUUCCAGAUUCUGAAUGGGUGAACAAUCUAAAUAAAUUUUUCAAAUUCAUUGUCGAUCGUCGAUUGAAAAGGGUAAAUGAAUGGUUUGAAAAGAAUCUUGCAAGAUUCUCUAAAGAUAAUAAUGAAGUUAUUAUUAUCAACUCUGCUCUCGAGCGUGAAACUAACCGCCUCAAUUUAUUCUGGAAUAUUUGUCGUCUUAAAUGUUAUAAAUGUGGAUUAUCAUGUCUCAAAACUAGUCGACAUGACGAUAACCCAGACGAUAUAAGCCAUGACUGUUUAACCGAUCACAAAUGCCAUCAUGAAUGUGAAUUCAAAGAAGAUCAUCCUGAUGGAAUCACUCCAAUUUGUGAACACUUUGCCGCGCAUGAUGGAAAACAUGAAUGCUCAUUUUUACAUGCAUGUGGUGCCCCUUGUAUUCACGCUGGAAAAAAAAAUUGUCAAAGAGGUUUAUGUGCAAAAGAAAAUGGACAUGAGAAAACAAAAGGAAAUGAGGCUCAUAAGUGUAACUCAACAAUACAUUAUUGUGGAGAACCGUGUUCGUUAAACGCUAUAACAAUUAAAGGGAAAUAUGAGUGCAAAAACGAAUGCAUGAUACCGUGCGAGAUAGAACAUGAUAUUCAUAAAUGUCAAAAAGACGUGUGCCCAAUUGAGUGCCCGAUAAAGAAUUGCCAACGACAAUGCGACAAUAAAGAUCAUUUCCAUGCUUUUGAAGAAAAUGUGAUUCAUUUUUGCGGAGAAGAGCAUGAUUGUCAAGAGAAAUGUGAGGAAGAUGGGAUAUGUAAAAUUAUAACAGAACCAACAGCAAUUGUUCAAGAAGAAACUGAAUAUGAAAACAAAUUGCCUUGCUGUGUGAAAAUCCCGCCAUACCAGUUUGAGCAUACUGGACAAAAACAUGUUCAUGAAAUAAAAAAGUCUCACAAAUGUAAUUCAGGAUGUCCAAAUGAUGAUGAGCAUAUAAUUGAACAAGAAAAUAAGCAAAAUUUUCAUUUUUGUGAUGAAAAAUGUCCACAUUGUGCUUAUUAUUGCACAAUGCCUUAUGGACACGAAAAAGUGGAUAAUAGUAAACAUUGUCAUCGAUUAACUGCUGGUGACAGAGGAGAUUUUGUUUUGUGCCAUAAAUUAUGUGAAAAUGCUGGGCGCCAUCGUCAUAUAGAUUAUUGCAAAACUCCAGAUGUUUGUAAAUCCGGUGAAGCCAAAAGUGAAGGCUCAUUUGAGCAUAUUUCAGCACCAAUUAGCCCUAAUCCAUCAAAAGAAAAAGAUUAUGUGUCUCAUUGUAUUUUUUGGGAACGAACAGGAUUUAGAGAUCCUUAUACUGAUCUUGAAGAAUUCAAAAAAUGUGAUCAUCAUUGCGUUGAUGAAAAACACUAUGACAAAGAAAAAUCUUAUUGUAUACAAAAAAUUUUUCAUCCAAUUUUGGAUCAUAAGUCUGAAAUUAUUCCAGAUGGUACUGGUUAUAUUUCAAUUGACGGACAUCAAUUUUCAUGUGAAAGUCCAACAAAAAAUUUCGGAAAUUUUCAUAUUAUAUUUGUGGUAGACAUAAGUGGUUCAAUGGGUUUUAAUGAUUGUAAACCACAAUGUACCAACUCUAUGUUAAUAGGUUUGAAAGACAAACAUAAUAACCGACUUGGAGCUGUUAUAGAAUCAGUAUUUACAUUUAUCGAAACUAGAAAAAAUUCACGAAAAUCAACACGAGUUGGGCAAAUGGCACCCGAUCGAGAUACUGUAUCUCUUGUUCUUUUUAAUCAUUCUGCUACCGCUAUAUUCGAGAAUAGAAGUUUAUCACAUUCAGAAGAUCUUUUGGAUGAGAUGAUGAAUUAUACUGCAAACGGUUUUACAAAUUUUGCAGACAAAGAUGCAAAUCAGAGUUACGAUACAUAUAUAGAACUAAAGCGAACCACAACUUAUUUGUACUUAAAAUGUGAUUCUUGGCCAAUAUCACUUGUAAUAAAAGAAGGAAAGCAUGUAAAAGUAUUUUUAAAAGACGAAUCUCAAGCUGUUCUCUUAUUGACAAAAGUUCCACUUGGUGGUGGACAAAUUUUACCGGCUAUAUUAAUUUGUGGUCUUAAUCGGCUUCAUCCACUUGAUGAGAAUUAUAUGGAAUUUUUGAAUCUCGUCUCAAAUCAAUUGGAUACAUAUUUGCAAUAUGGAAAUUCAAUCGAAGAGGAAAAGAAGCAAUCUAAAAUAUUGGCUGAUUUAAAUCACCAAAAAGUUAUGUUUUUUCAAGGCAUCAGUCAUGAAUUAAAAACGCCAUUAACGUUAAUGGUUUCACCACUUGAUGAAGUAAUUAAUAUAUGUCUAAAAGAAACGCCAAUAAUGUCGCUUCUUCAAAUAAUACGACGUAAUUCUCAUAGAUUACUUAAACUAAUUAACAUAUUAUUACAAUUUUCAAAUUUAGAAUCAGAUCAAUCAAAUGUGCGUUAUCGUGAAACUAAUAUAGCUGAAUUUACCCGAGAAUUGGUUUCAGAUUUUGAAAAGAUGGCCAAAAAAUUAGGGUUAGAUUAUAUUAUAGAUAUUCCUAAAGAAUUUAAUCAAGUCGUUAGUGAUAGAGUUUAUUUAGAUCAUGAUAUGUAUGAAACAAUCGUAUUUAAUCUUUGUUCUAAUGCGCUAAAGCAUACUUGGAAUGGACAUAUAAAAAUUCGUUUAUAUAUUGACUACAGAGAUGAAAAAAAGAUGUUUGUUCUUGAAGUAAUAGAUACAGGUGUUGGUAUUCCGGAAAUUGCACUUCCAAAUAUAUUCCAACGUUUUUAUCGUGUAGAAUCUCAAAGCUCACGUAGUCAUGAAGGUACUGGAAUAGGCCUCGCUAUCGUCAAAGAACUUAUUACGCUCCAUGGUGGAGAUAUCACUGUAACUUCUGUAGUUAAUAAAGGGACGACGUUUAAAUGCUGGUUUCCAAUAGGAUGCAAACACCUACCAGCAGAUAAAAUACAUUUUAAUGACAUUGAAGACCCAAUUAUUUAUUGUCAGGAAUCAUACACAAAUAAACAGCUUUAUUUAGAAGAGAGUUCUCAAUGGUUAAAAAAUAGUACAUCUGAAACUAAUGAAGCAAUGGAUCAAUUGUCAAUAAAUAAUUGGGAAGCUGAUAAAAUGUUAACGAAAGAGAUCAUGAUUAAUUCCUUUACCAGUAUGGAUGACCCUGUCGGAAAAAAAUGUCAAGUUCUACUUGUUGAUGAUAAUAUUGAUAUGCG